UCUGCUCAUCCGGCCUUCUCCUGUAAGGAAAUUCUGGACUCUGGGCACUCCAAAGGAGACGGGGAGUAUUGGAUCGACCCCGAGAAGAGUGGAAACCCUUUGAGGGUCUAUUGUGACAUGUCAAGAUAUGGUAAUAAGAGAAUAAGUUUUUUCUAGAGACAGAAGGACUUAAACCGGAGUAUGUUUGACUUGGAGCGGUUUCUAUUUGAACAUUCUGGCCUUGGCUAUUCGUGCUUUCUCUACGAAGAUCCUUAUUAUGUUUUUUAAUCGAAACUGUAACAAAAUUCUCGAACGCGAUUGGUUAUCACCAGCCGGCCGAUUUUAUCACAACAAGACAGUAUACGCGUCAUACAUACGUAAUUGGACAGUGUAAUAGGACAGUUAAAUGAACCUUUAACACGUCAUGCCUGUAUGAGGGGACAGAACGCGUCAUGUGUUCGCCGAGUAAACUGUUGUUUUUAGUUAACAAUCAAGAGCUUGUUUGAUUGAUGAUCAUUUCCUUUAUUCUCAUGACUUUAAUGUGUGAUUCAGGGCUGAUAUUGUAAGGAGAAACUAGAUGCUAAUCACUCUUUGGGGUCAGAGUUAAAAUUUGCUUUAACUUAAAAAAAAAGUGAUGUGAUUUGGGGAAGUAAAGACCCGUAAUCAGGAAAGAUAAUAGGAGUAAGAUGGCUUUUUUAUGAAAAGGAUAUUUUUUUUAUUCUAGACUCUCUUAUAUUGCUGCUUUUAUGUUCUUUAACCCUUUAACUCUCAUGAGUGACCAAGACAGAAUUUCUCUUUACACUAUCAAUACAAAAUUAACCAGAUAAGCGGUGAGAAUAAAGAAAAAUUUCAAUUUGAGGAUAAUUAGUUGAUCCAAUAUUAAAUUCUUUAAACUAAAAUUAUAAGAAUUGUAUGGUUGACAAUAAGUAGAAUUACAAAUUUGAUUUGGGAGUUAAAGGGUUAACUGUGUCAAGCUUAAGUUUGUGCUUAAAGCUGCAACUAACUGGAAGAUUUCUUUCAUUUUUUUAGGUGCCGGUGGUACACAGCGACUUCCAAGAGCUGUUGGGAAGUCCCUGGCUAUGGCAAUGAUACUAACAGGAGAUCCUAUUUCAGCAGAGGAUGCACAGAAAUCAGGUUCAUGUUCCUUUCAACUUAGCUCCUAUUUUUGACCAGUCGUUCAUCAUUACCUCUUUACCUUACAAAAUCGAUCAACAUGCAACUUCUCCUUGUAAUAAACAUACAUCAUCCAGCAAACGGGUAAUGAGAAUAUUUAAACUUAUCAGUUCAAAGUUGUUAUUGAUCUAACGUCAAAUUCUCGUAACUAAUUAAAAAGGAAAUGUGUAGCAGCUAGAGGGGAGAAUUAACAAUCAGAUCUUGGGGGUUAAAGUGUCAAGGAGGAAGGUACUUAGCAUCGUAAGUCUUCCCGGUGGCACAAGGAAAUUCUCGCACAAAUUAUUGAGAAAUAUAUACAGUACUUCCACAUCAUCAAGGACUGCAACGGAGACACACUGUUUUAUGCUAAGUCAGUGCUCUGCUAAACACCUGUAUAAACCUGGAAAAUUCGAGUCGAGGCGUAGCAUUUCCGUGUACGAACUGAACCGGUCACUUCCAAAGAUGUCCGGACACCUCCGAAGACGUUUUUUAGAGUCUACGUAAACUUUCAUGUCUUCAGUACUCUCCUCUCUUACUAAUAGCUCUCGGCAAAAGUUAUUCGCGCCAACCUUUCUCUUCGUUUUGAUUCAAGUACAUUUGCUCUGUAUGCUUUUUCAAAAAGUCGCAGUUAAGGCCGCGUUACCUCAAGUUGUUCAGUUAGGUUUAAGGGUUAAUAAAAGUAUGAAGUGGGGCAUGCACUCUUGUGAUAAAACUACAUAAACGUCUGAGAAUUAUUGGCGUCGGCUUUGUCAGGUGGGGCAUUGCGCACACAUUCUCGAGAUUUUUCUUCAAUUUAAAUUCAAAUUACAGACUUAAAAACUUUCAUUUUUUCUUAGGCUUGGUCAGUAAAGUCUUCCCCGUAGAAGAGCUCAUAGAUGAAGCUAUCAAGACAGCUGAAAAAAUAUCCCGGCCAAAAAAUUAGCGUUCACCGUACGGAAAAAGAAUAUUGAAUUCACGGAAAUCGCAGCAUUUAAAACGUUUACUGAUUUUAUGCGUACGGAAAAUCCAACGUUUUCUGUGCGUUUUCGCAUCGGUGAAUCCCAGUAUUCGUCCCAUUAUACGAUAGUUUUCCUCCGCGGUAAAUACAGGUAAACAAAUCAUUUUCCGGCAUUAACCGCUCGCUUAACGCACUGCAAACAGCAUGUUUUCCUUUUAUUCAUUGGCAUUUUCCAAGUGUACAACAACGCAUUCACCGGAGUCAGCGGCUGAAAACAUGCAUUUUCCUGGAAGAUUAAUGGGUGCAAAUGCAAGAAAACAUAAUGAUCUCCUGUGUUUGCCGUUCGUAUAACGCAUAGAAAAUGUCAUGUUUUCUUCUGUUCAGAACCAUUUUUCGCACGUUAAACGAAAUUUUUACAAGAGUUUUCCAUUCGAAAGCAUGCAUUUUCUAAUAUUCCCAAUGGUGAAUUCGAGCAAACUCGAUGAAACGCAUUUUCCGGCGUCUUACCGUUUAUUACUGUUCGGUUAUCCCAUGGAAAAUAACGGCUAUUCUGCCAUUCACAGUCGUUUUGCGCACUCCAACUUCAUAUUCACUGGAGUAAACCAGUCGAAAACAUGCAUUUUCCAGUAAUUUCUCUGCAACGGUAAAUUCGAAUUAAUUCGUGCAAGGCAUGCAUUUUCUCGCGUUUACCGGCGCUCGGUUAAUCACUGUUCUUCAAAUUCGAUCCGAUGGAUUUCACCUCCUAGACUCAACAAUAUUGAAGGUUUUGAAAAAAUUUUGUCCCAUUUUCCUCUCCCAGACAAGAUAAGCACUCUUUCAAUCAUUCUCAACAAGUUUAUUGAUGCACAGUGAUGUUAGCAGUACAAUUUAUUCAGAUUCCACAAUGGAACCUGACAACAAUCAUGUUUUUCAGCCUUUGAGUCUUGCACUAUUAUUUUACUUUACACAUUUUUUUCUCUCUAAAGCCAAAAAGAAGCAAAACUUAAACCCUUAGAACAGUAUAAUUGAGACUUUGAAUUGGUAGGAUGACUGUCUGAAAAAUUAUAUACACAAACUAUAAGCAGAAAACUGAUUUCUAGAUACAUAUUCCAAUGUCUAAACUUCUAUAUCAAGCAUUUUGCAAAAAUGAGUGUAAAGGUUUGAAGAACAAAUAAUUAUGUGAACUUCAUGAACCUAAGGAAUCAAGGCGAACAUUCUGGGAAUGCCACCUUACAUUAAAUCUUGUGCCGACAUCAGAUCUAUUUGAAACACUCCUAAUAUUUGAAACUGCAACUGAAGAACAAAUUCAAUUGACUAAAAGUACCACUAGCUGCACUUCAAAAACAUAAUUUUUUAAAAUCUUUACAGUGAAAUCUGCAUGUCUCUUCAACUCUGAUAUAUCAUCAAUUUUAGCAUUUUGAGCCAAAUCAAAAAACAUUGAAACUUGUAAAAACAUUAUCUUCAAAAGAAAAUAUUUUCUUAAACUGAGGAAAAUAUUGGGGUGCUCCAUCUGAUGGAGAACUAGAGAACUCUAAACAGAAUAAAAAUUGUAGCUGCCUCCAAAUAGCAGAUAUGUCCAGGAUUUCAGGCUCUUUAACACAAGCAUAAUUAAGUGUCCUCACUGAUAAAAGUUCACCCGAACACACAUAAUUCUGUCAAAUAUGAAGUGGUGUGAAAAUGGGAAAAAAUCCACUCAUACAUGAAGUAUUUGCUAGAAAAACACCUGCAUUCAAUCCUGGACAUAGCUGCCGAAUAAUGGUCAGUGAAAGCAAAAUAAUUCCAGAAAAAUUCACUUCCCAUAAUAACUUAAAUGUAGGCUGCAAAAUAUUAAAUGUCAUACAUAUAUAUGUUUACAGUCUUCAGACUCUCUUUCCAAUUUGCCAACUGAGACUAAAAUAUCAUCCUUGUCGAAGAUCGCCGUACAGAUCACCAAAGAAGCUGUCAACACAGGUAUUGCCCUGGCAGUUGUGACCGUCCGAUUGGCUGUUUCCUGUCGUGAGUUAUACUUCGAUUAUUCGAAAGAUUUUAUGUCAACUGCAGUCGGUGUUGAUCUUGUCCAUCGCUAGACGUUUCUUGUUGGUUUACCAGUCAACUUCAAAACAGUUACCUAUCCUAUUUGACUGUUCUACCUCGAAACCAUCUUUUUUUCUGGUGACCGAAAUAGCCCAAAACAUCAUGACGUACUAAUAUUCAUACGAGUCAAAUUGAUUGUUUCUAAGCCAUCAUCUUAAUUGAAACAAACUGAGAAAAUGAGGUAAAUUUUUAACCAAGUUAAGCAGAGAAGAACUUGAUCUCCAAAGGGUUAUGUUGCCUAACAAUAUUAGCAGGGUAUAUUACCUAGAGUGCAAAAGACGAGAAAAUAAUUGGAGCAUCGAAAGAAAUAUAUAUUUCGUAGCAUAUCGGCUUCGGCUAUUAGAUUUAACUAACACGGGUUCAAAACAGGAACACACAAAAACAUGUAUGGUACAACAGAUAUACCAACACACUGUGACUCAAAUGUACGAGUUAGAACGUGAGAAGGAAUCCUGUCAGUUUCAUCACUGAAGAAAACUUUUAACCUUGAAAUUUCAUCUUGCAGUUCUUUCAGUUUUCACUAGGCGAAUUUAGCUUUGUUUGGUGGGAAAAAGUUACUAUGUAUCCUGAAUGCUACAGAUUGAUACUCAUAAAAAAACUGGGUACAGGAGAAAAGAAAUCCGGAUAAUAAAAACAAUCCGAGUAAUCCAGGUUUGUUUCUAGUUAAAUUCCCCCACGCUUUACUCAAAUGUAAAGAAACGCUAACCCCAAGCCGUGAUAAGUACUUCGUGCAAAGUUCACUGAUGCAUAAUUUAUGUAUGGGUUCUUAAGCUGUUUCUAUUUAUUUCUUUUAAUCAUUGCCUCAAGGUUCAUUAAAAUUGUAUGAAAAGUUGAUAAAAGAGUUUUUCGAGACAAAAAUACGAGAGGAGUGGAAGGAAACUGAAGGUAAGAAUAUACUGGUUUCAAGAAGAUUGCUCUCUAACUUUGACAACAACAUAAAUCUUGAAUAGUCAGCCGCUUCGAUAAAUACGUUUGAGUGAGAAGUAUACAUACAAAAGACCUUUACUACCGCAUAAACGUGAGAGGAAAAGUCGAGGAAAAGUAAGAAACAGAAGGUAAGUUUGAUUGAGAAACUCGAUGUAUUUACUUACUAUCGGGUGAGUAACUUGUGCAAGCCAGCGGACAAGUUUUCAUUCUUUUCAGGGAUGAUUCCUUUAUAUGACUCAGUUGUUUAAAAAGCCCUCGCAUUCUCUCGCCGACUCAGGCAAAGUGUAAUGGACAGAACCCUUAACUCAUAAAACUAUUUGCUACGUCUAAGAAGCUUAAGGCAAAGGGACGAAAUCCGUCAUCUGCUUUUCUUUCUUUCUCGAAUCAUAGGAUGAAAGGGCUUCUAGUUGGUUUCCAUUACUGUCCCGUUUUGUUGAGUGGUGUUGCUUUGUUUCGUGUGGCUUUCAGUUCGUCUUUGCACACUGACUUGAGCAGGGACGAGGUUUUCGAGAAAGAUAAAGAAAACACGUGAAUGUUUUAUAUCUCCCUACGUGGUGAUUUUCUUUUUGCCGACGGGAUGUAAAUAAUUCAAGUGCCAUGGGCGAAAACUCGAAUCGGAUGACAUAGAUUUUGGCUGUAUCAUGAUAAACUUUACAUGAUCCCCCCCAUCCCCCCCAUAGGGCUCUGUAACAAUAUAACGAUCCUCCUCAUUGGCAGUCAAUUUUCCAUACCUCCCCCCUUAUACUGUGUUGGCCACAGUAUCCAAAGUAAACUACAUGAUGAUAAAAUGAAACACGACUGUGUUGUUAUUUUAGAAUUUGAGCUGACUGGUCAUAUCACCGACGCAUUAUGCGCUGACGAAAUAAGCUGUGGAUUCAGAUGCCUUUAAGAUGAGAAAUGCCAAUCUUACAACAGCCAAUCCGAUGCUAGUGAUACAAAGAAAAACCAAAAAAUGAAGUCCGGAAAACCUGAGGUGUAACCCACGUUCUACUUAUUAUGGAAGAGGUACUGUUGAGUAAGGUGCUUAACAUUAUGGAAACGUUAGUGGAGGUGGGGGUAGGGGGGGUGGAGUAUUUUGGUUGUCACAAUAACAUUUACUUGAUCCCUCCAUAACGUUUUGAAUUAUUCUACUAAUCUUCCUCACUGGCAGUCAAUUUUCUUUACUCCCACCUUUAAACUCUGUUAGCGACAACUGAUCUUCUCUCUGUUGCCUUGAAAACCAUGAGAUCCCCCCCCCCCUUCGAAGUACCUCCUACCCCCUCUUUCUACGCGAAAAAAUGGUGAACUAUUUCUUACUCUGGUCAGCGCUUUUCAGAGCUCUCUCAAGUCACGUGUACAUCCAUGUAUAACCUUUCCCGAGAGAAAAUGAAGAUUAAAAUCUCUUCCUUUUCCUUAUAAUGAUAAGUUUUCCAUUUUGUUAGUUUGAAUUAAAGGAUGCUAUGAAUCCUACAAAGAUUUUCAAAAUCAGGAGCUAUCUAAUAAUUACGCGAAAGGAACUACUUAUGGAAUAAGACCUGCGUAAAUAGACAGAUAGCGUCAUGUGUGCGCUGUUGUCUCGCAUUUCGCCGAGUUUUUUGUUGUUGUUUUUUUGUUUUUAUGAAAACGUAUGUCCAGUUUUAUGAAAACUGAUGUCUAGUUUCUUUCUCAAAUUUUAACACAGUUUUGAUUAAUUGAUAACAGCACUUCUUGUCGUCCAAUUCUGUCUCUAAUGAUACUCGUGAUUAACAAAUCGGACUCCCACUUUGCGGUCGUACGAUUUUGACAAUCAUUCGUAUGAUUUCAGACCGAAUUGGACUCCACUCGGUCCUGUUACCAUUAUUAAUAUGUCCAAAAUUCUAUUUACACGCAUGUCACCAGAUCAUUUAGGUUUGCUUUAUUUUAGGAGGUUGGCUUUUGGUGUCAAAUGUUGAGUGCGGAAGUCUCUCUCCUAAGGUGUCGGUUGAGACAUCAUACCGUGGAAUAGGUAAGUCACAUAUGGUUCUGCAGAAAAGUGCCAUGAAAGAGCUUAGAGGACACUUGUCCUUCAUUCAAAUGAGAUUCAACUGCCGCAAGAAACAGGGACGCACAUUCCACGUGGUCACAGCUUUCAACAGCUCAGGUGAAGCUAUGGUCCAGUACUUCAGCGGUCGGACAGAUGAGCAACCUGAUGCCUGUGUUUCGUUUGUGAGAUGGACGUUGGAUGACAAUUCCAAGUUAGCUAGCAUUUGCCAAGAUUGGGGACUAGCAAAUGGAAAGUACUAUGUUGGAAAGUGGGGACAUGGUGGAGAUCAAAAGAGUUUAUACAGCUUCCCUACCUUCUGA